AAAGACACAAGUCAAUUGUCAGCUCAGAACUAAUCGAGAAUCUAACACACAAGAUGCAGUCGUCCGUUCUAGUCCUUCUGUCUUGCGCCGUAUUGGCCUCCGCUUCCGUACUGGUUUCCAGUGGACAGUCGGAAGAACCGGCCAACCGCCAAAUUCCCAACGUUCUGCGCUUCCUCGUCACGCCAAAGACCAUCACGUCGACGGUCACCGUCAGCUCCACCACGGUCGUCACUAAGGGCAUCACGACCAGCUGCGCCGUCUCGGUCGUCGGCAUUCCCAACUGCCGCCGGCGCCGCAACGUCAUGGAAGAACCAAUCUUCCUCGAAGCGGAAGAAGAAGACGACGAGAUCAAUCCAUCGGCCCCCGUCGAGUUGAUGGUCACCGCUCUUCCGGAGAUGAGAUCGCUGGAUGCCAAGGAAGAGGCCGUCGCAUCGGCUGAAGUCCAGCCAUCCAUUGAGAACACGGCCGGCAUGGCCGAAGUGCAAAUCCGCGACAUGGAAAGCAUCUGCAAGGCUCGAGUGGCCAAUCCGUUCUUUGGCGUCGGUCUGGCCCAGGUUUUCGGCAUUACGGUCCUAUACUCGACCACAGUGACCGUCACCCAGCCAGUCACAUCGACUUCCACCACCGUUGCCUUAAAGCAAACCAUUACCAUUGCUGGCUGCUUUCCUUCUCCGCUGCCGUUCAGCAAUUGUUAAUGACAACUUGACUAGCCUAGUUAUCUUUUAUCCUUAUUCUUUUUUCUAUUUCUAUUGUGUAUUUAAGAGAAAAUAAACGGCUAAUGGGUCAAAUGACA